UUUUGUUCCGAGCUAGGCGUUUGGCAUCUUUGCCCGGUUGGAGACGCCAUUGUAGUUAGCAAAACGAAAGUAGGCAGAGGGUAAUCUGAUUUUGCUCAUUUUUUGAGGUGCGUCCACUGAGUGUUUUGCUGUCGACUUCACACUUUUUCGUUUACGUUUCUUUCACCGCGGCCAUGGCCUGUGGAGCAACGUUGAAACGUCCGAUGGAGUUUGAGGCCCUGCUGAGCCCCCAGUCUCCAAAGCGGCGGAGGUGCAAUCCUCUGCCGGGCACUCCGAACACCCCCUCUCCGCAGAGGUGCACCCUCAGAGCGGCCACGGAUGGCCCGCAGCUAUCUACUCCGCCGCAGCUCAUGGCAGGAGAACACAGACUUACUCCAGAACAGAUUCUUCAGAACAUAAAGCAGGAAUAUAGCCGUUACCAGAGAAGAAGACAGUUAGAAAUUUCUUUCAAUCAGACCGAGGCUUGUAGUUCCUCUGAUGGACACUCCACUAGUCCACAACUUGUAGCACCAAGCUCACCUCCAGGUGCAUCUGUGGUGAAGAAAGAUCAACCUUCUUUCUCAUUGCGACAAGUGGGAUUUCUUUGUGAACGUUUGCUUAAAGACCAUGAAGACAAAAUCAGAGAGGAAUAUGAACAGAUUUUAAAUUCAAAACUUGCAGAACAAUAUGAAUCAUUUGUGAAAUUUACACAAGAUCAAAUCAUGAGAAGAUACGGAGCAAGGCCAGCAAGUUAUGUAUCUUGAAGAUCUUGGUACUUGUGAAGAAUUGGGUGACUAAGCAAGUACUAGCUCUCACCUCAACAAGAUGGCUGCUGUACCUUUACCAUGAUUUAUUUUGCUAACUGUUUGGUGCCAUGGUUAAUCCAUACGUAAUCCUCCUGAAAAUAAAUCUUUGUCAACAGUUGCUGCUUAUCCUCACCCUCAUCUCCUUACCAAAAAAGAAGAGAAAAAACAAUUUCUUGAUUGAGGUGAUGGUUGACAUGCGAGUCGAUGUCAGAUUUAGAAGGGCAUAACUUUGCUGGCAUGAUUUAAUGUAUAACCUGCCAAAUUUUUUAUUUUAUUAUUUUUUUUUUUGCUACAGCAGCUAAGAAACUCUGCUUCUUUUAAGCAGUGUUUGACUAUGUGCGAUUGUUAUUUUUGCUUUUCUGUUUUAUUUAGACCUGUAUGCGAUGAGUCACUUUUAUGUAGAUAGUUUAAUUUCCUGGAUUACAUAUUUUACUGCACUACAAGUAAUGUACAGGUAAUAUUUUCCCUUUGUCCAGGAAGGCAGGACCACACAAUAUUAUAAAUAUACCAUUAAUGCUAAAAAUAUGUUUAGUCACAGUAGACCACCAUUUUACUGCAUCCGAAAAAUUUAAUUUACUAACAUCUGGUUGGAUGUAAGCAAAUUGUUUUACACAACACCUGUUGACCACCACUGAAGCUCCAUUAAAGUCUGUACAUAUUGUGCAGACUGUGGGCGUUCUGCUUUCUUGUUAUAGAUUUUAAACAUGCUAACUUUGUAAUUCUCUAAAGGACUGUUCUUUGUCUUAAAUAUGCAGAGUGACUAUUUUAAAAAUGUGCUUAUCUACAGAAACCAAAAAAGCAUCUUGUCAAUCAAGUACAAUUAUUCUUUUUAAUUCUUGAAAGAAGCAUUUUUGAAAAAUACUGCUGCAAACUGAAUGGACUUUUUUUAAAGGGACAGUGUGAAUGUAUAAAAUGGGUGUUGUCUGUUGCUGUUGUAACAAUGAUGGCGGUACAGCUUUAUAUCUGAGAUACGUUGUUACAAAGUCUAGUAAGAAAUAAAACCUUCAAAGUUCAAUGUGGUACACCAAUCCACUCUCUGUAGUGAUGUCCUUAUCACUGCAAAUGCUUUUUGAUCUUCCAGUUCCAUUGGUUUAGUAGUAUUACUUUUUGAAUUAUUUAAUUGCAUUUCUGGAAGAAAACUGACAUUUCUUUUAGAAUCAGUAUUUACAUUUUGCUUUUCUUUAGGUCUCAUUUUUCACACGAGUAAUUUAUAUUAAAAAGGAAAUGUUAAAACCAGCCUGAAAUUCAGCUUUUUUAUGAAAGUCCUUUAAUCCAUAAUUCUUAACUUUGCGCUAUUAAGCAUUCUUAACAACAUGAAGUUCUCCAAUAAGUGAAGUUACAGUGAAGAAUGAUGAUGGAAAAAGUUGUAAUGAAUGUUAGUUUUUUGGAUUUUUUAUGACUGAAAUAUCUGGUGUGCAUUAUUUGGGAAAUGCCUUAUGGGAACUUUAUUUUGAAAUUGCUUAAUGAUGAAUAUAACAGUACUUGGGGGUGAUGCUGGUGUAGCGAUUGUAGUUGUAUGUAUUCAGUAACACUGUGCUUCACUUGACAUUUGUAAACCCCCAUUUUCAGUUUGGAACACUGCAGCAUACUGGCCCUUUAAGAAUGUUCAACUUGUUUCAAAACAAACUGCUAAUGGACCACUUUUGUUGUAAUUAUGCUUUCCUUAUUUCAGUUAUUUCAGUUAAACUAUAACUUCUUAAUUUAGUUUUUUUCUGUUUUUAAGUUGAAAAUUAAUUUUUGUAUUUUAAGUAUAGGUUUGAGGUAACUAGUAAUGUAUAUACAUACAAUAUAUUUCAUCUCCCUUUAAUGCAUAAGGCAGUGUGGAGAGACUAUCAUAAUGCAGCAAUAUGUGCUGUAAGACCUUAGAAACUGGAAUUUACAUUUGAUAAAGGAAAUGUCAUUCAUCACAAUGCCUACGAAUGAAUGUUUUUGGAAUACACCUUGACCAGAAACAUUUUGUUCUUUGUACAGUUUUGUUGUGUAGUUGUUAACAAAUGUAGUUGGGGUGGGGUUUGGGCAUAAUAAAUACCUAAAAUAAACUUU